CACAUACAUAUGUCCAUACUAUACAUACGCCAAUAACUAAGAUUGCCUUUACUCCUGCAUCCCAACGAACUGCCGAUGAUAGUAAAUGAGAUGACAGUAAGAUAUAAUAUAAUACGUCUCGAAGGUAGUAGUUGUGCAACAAUAGUUUGGUUAGUUCUGUAUGUAUGUGAGGCAAAUCAGUGUGUCGAUAAAUUGUAGCAAAAUCUCUGACAAUCAGAAUGUUGGAAAUUACGAACAGGAAGCCGAGUUGCACUUGAAUUAUUCAACCUUCUUCUACUUUUGUACAGUGCUGCUUGAAUAUCGUGAACAGUAAAUCCGCAUUUUAUUCUUACCGUGGCGUGACAUUGGCUGACCACCGUAACAUGAACAUAAAUGAAGUUUAAAGCAGAGCUGCAUCGUGGACUGUGACAGGCCAAAUGUGAUCAUGUUAUGCCACACUUUACUAUUACUACUUUACUACUACUACAUACGAACGCAAAAAAUCACUCACUCAAGGAAAAGUGCACAUCUUUUAUUCAGUUGUCAAAGUUGUCAAGCUCAACUCGGUUUCAUUUCAGCGUUGCAAGUCCAAGAGUCAGAGCGUUAAAUUGGUGCAAGCAAUUUUUUUCUUCUUCUUAUGCAUCCUUCUCCAUUUGUGGUAUCGGAAAUAUCAGUCGAAUAAUAAUAAGUGUAUCGUUUCGUCUCUUCUUCCCGAGUUCGGCUGCCUUGGACAAUAAUGUGAGGAAUUUCAUACCCCUCACUCCUCCUCCAUCUCCUCUCGGGUUCAAUAAACAUUGUUUCUCUCCCACGUCAUAACGGCAUCAUUUGCAAUUAGGGAGGCGAGGGUUAAUCAUCGAUUCGAAUCUAUCAGGAAAAUCAACUUGUUGGCCAGUUCUCAGUUCUAGUCUGGUCCUUUUUCCCUUCUGAAGUGUGUCGUGAAGUGAAAUGCCUGACCUUUCAGCGAAAUGUUUGAGUGCAAAGUUUUACCGUGCUGGACAACGAAAACUAGGAAUUGGACAAGUUCCUUUGAUUUGGGUCACAUUGCUAGCAGCGUUUGUGACUUGUAUCAGCAUAAAUCAUGGAGAGCCACCCCUGCUGAAGGAGUUGCAUGCUGAAUGUACUCGAGAAGGUCAUUACGAAACAAGCAAGUGUAGAUACAUAUCUCACAGGGAUGAUGAUGAUGGUCCAACUAAAGGCAUGGAGCCUAGUGGAACAAAUUUCAGUUUUCUGAUUCCAAUGAACGAAUGUGGCACAGUUUACUAUGAAGGAGCACCUUCUGUGAAACAGCAGAAGAGGAACGACACGCGAACAACAGAUAAAAGCAACGACAAUGAAGUUUACAUUGAAAACACGCUCCUCAUCCAAACCGAUCCAACGAUUCAAGAGGCGACCGAUUUGGCAAAGACGUUGCGUUGCGUUUGGCAAAAGGAAAUUCGUCAACCAUUGAUGGCUGCGUUACCCUUUGGGAACAUUGGGAAAAUUAUUCACCGAGACGCGCAGAGGGUCAAAACCAUAACUGCAACAAGGCACACUCUUCAACAUGAUCAUCAAACAAAUACCAGCAACAAAAACGUGCCCAUUUUAAAUUUGAGAUUUCAGAAGAAAGGUCAAGUGCAAAGUGUUCCUUUUAACGAGAGACGACACAACUCUAGAGCAUUGGAAUUAGAUGACGAGUUUGACACUGAUCCUGAGUUGGACCCUGUAACUACAUAUUUUUCAAACAAAAGUGAUCUCAUUUCACCGUUGGCUUUACAGAGACAGCAAAAUUAUAUUUCAUCUUCUGCAACUCCAGUUAAUACACCUCCUAUUUUAAAGUGGACUUUUUUGGUAGUUAUGCGAUUUAUGGUUUUGCUCCAAUGUUUUGUCAUAUGAGUAAAAUUCUAGGAAAUAAGAACAUGUUUUUUUACUACACACCAUAGAAUUUCAUAUCACUUUAUUGAAAACAAAACAACUCUUACAAGUACAGAUACCACAAUACAUAUACCGUACUAACAACACACCGAAUUGAAACACAGUUUUUCACAUCAAGUUUGUAUGAAGGCUUUAUAUUCAAGUUUCCAAUUUUUUGUGAAGAUUCAUGAUUUUUGAUUACUGGUGUUUCAUAUUUCAAAUUGGUUGGUCAUAUUUGUAAAGAAGUUGUAAUUGUUUGUUUAAAAAUCAUUUCACCUCACAAAUAAUUUUAAUUUAAAAUAUUUGAUACAUUUCAAUCGACAUAUU